GCGUAGGGAGCGGCUCGCCGCCCCGGACGCGCUGGGCCUGGCUCCGGAGCGCGCACGCCGUGCGUCCCGGGCUCGCCGGGGAUCCGCGCCGGGCGCUGCGGGGAAAGACUGACAGUUUGGUCCGCCAUGUUCUUCGCCGCGGCGUUCCGGGCCCGGGCGGCUGGCCUCACCGCCCAGUGGGGAAGACAUAUAAGGAAUUUGCAUAAGACAGCUGUGCAAAAUGGAGCUGGAGGAGCCUUAUUUGUGCACAGAGAUACUCCUGAGAAUAACCCAGAUACUCCAUUUGAUUUCACACCAGAAAACUAUAAGAGGAUAGAGGCAAUUGUAAAAAACUAUCCAGAAGGGCAUAAAGCAGCAGCUGUGCUUCCAGUCUUAGAUUUGGCCCAAAGACAGAACGGAUGGCUGCCUAUCUCUGCUAUGAACAAGGUUGCAGAAGUUUUACAAGUACCUCCCAUGAGAGUAUAUGAAGUAGCAACUUUUUAUACAAUGUAUAAUCGAAAGCCAGUUGGAAAGUAUCACAUUCAGAUCUGCACUACUACACCUUGCAUGCUUCGAAACUCUGACAGCAUACUGGAGGCCAUUCAGAAAAAGCUUGGAAUAAAGGUUGGAGAGACUACACCUGACAAACUUUUCACUCUUAUAGAGGUGGAAUGUUUAGGGGCCUGUGUAAAUGCACCAAUGGUUCAAAUAAAUGACAACUACUAUGAGGAUCUGACACCUAAGGAUAUUGAAGAAAUUAUUGAUGAGCUCAAGGCUGGCAAAAUGCCAAAACCUGGGCCAAGGAGUGGACGCUUCUCUUGUGAGCCAGCUGGGGGUCUUACCUCUUUGACCGAACCACCCAAAGGACCUGGUUUUGGUGUGCAAGCAGGCCUUUAAUUUAUAUUCAACUGUAAAUAUGUCACUGGAGAAAUAAAAUAUGAAUUUCCUAUCUACAUAAA